AUGAAAGGUUAUCUUGUGCUGUUGACGGCGUUGUCUGCUUUCGUGCAGGCAGAUCCCCAUGGCGAGGAAGCCGCCACAGAGAUGGGCCCUGUGGCGUUCAUGUGGCCGUCAGACCGCACCUGGGGCGCAGCAUACGAUAAUAACGCACCCUGCGGCUCGAAGGAAGGUGUUGAAAAUAGAACUGAAUUUCCUCUAGUCAACGGCCAACUAGCCCUCGUGGUCCAGGAUGAGUCUUGGAAUGUGCAAAUCGCCGUUUCUCACAGGAACAACCCAACAAGCAACAAUGACUUCGAGACCCUCGUCUCAGAGAGGCGCAUCAGCGACAUCGACCCAGGCCACAUGUGCUACCCGGUGUCAAACCCCGGAGUUGACACUGAAGCAGGGAUGAACGCUACCUUCCAGAUCAGGUAUACCUCAGAUAUGGAAGAUCAUAAGAACGAAACGUACUAUGCCUGCGCGGACGUCACAUACGUUGCCGCCAGCAAGUUCACGUAUCAGGUACCCUGCUUCAAUGUCACAGCGGAUGAGUUCACCGCGACAGAUGAGGACGAUAACGAUGCAACGUCGGGCAAUGGCUCGGACGCUGCCUCGUCGGACUCGAGCGGCGAUAGUACUAGCAGUGGCGGUUCCGGCGGGUCGAAGCUCUCCGGGGGUGCUAUUGCUGGUAUUGUCGUUGGGUGUGUUGCGGCCGCGGUUAUUGCUGCUGGUCUUCUGUUUGGGUAUAGGCGACUCCUACAGAAGUAUCGAUCGAUGCGUCAGAAGGCGUCUGUUCGCAAUGUGGACUGGCCUGCUGAGGAGGGUGGGAAGCCUGUGGCGGAUAAUUCGUCUGGGUCUUCUUAUGGUUUGAGGAAGCUUAAGUAG